GCAGCGCAGCACAGCGCCUCUGGCCAUGACGCACUCGCAUCCUCCGCACCUCCCAUCCUGCAGACACGCACAAUCCUCUGCGAAACAGGCACCCCAGUACACUGUCUAGGUCGUCCGGUCCAGGCCUAGCGUUCCGCCCGCCGGGCCUAAGCUAGGAAUCUACUGAGGCAGUCGUCAGUAGUCAGAUCAAGUCAUCGUGGUCGCAACUUCCAGAGACACCGCACCAAAAAGCUUCGACGCCGCUACACCUUACUCCUCCGCCCCCUCCCCUCCCCUCUCUCCAUUCCACGACCACACUUCCGCCGCUACCCGGUGGCGCCCUCGUGCGCAUAGUGGCAUGAACGUCGCUGGAGCCUGGCCAUGGAACCAAACAGCAACAACCCUACACCUCUCCCUAUGGCUCCCGGAACACAACUCUACGGCGGCGGCGCCUAUGACGGCUCACCCAACAUGGCGAACAUGACAGCAGGCUCCAAUGGUGCGCAGUGGUUCCAGGGCGAGAACGAUUACGGCGAUUUCGACCAAGAUGCCAAUGGCGAAGAUGGUACCGCAGAUCACGAUGCCGAGGGCGGCGACCAGCGGGAUCCCAAGCGAAGAAGGAUAGCAAGAGCAUGCGACAUGUGUCGAAGGAAGAAGAUAAAGUGUGACGGGAAAAUGCCCAAAUGCAGCCAUUGCGAGAACUACAAAACCGAAUGUGUCUUCACUCACGUCGAAAAGAAGCGCGCUCCGCCGAAAGGUGCCAAGUACAUCGAAGGGCUAGAAAACCGACUCGGUCGGAUGGAGAAUCUGUUGCGACUCUCUGGACUAUUGGCUGAAGACGAUGGUGGUCGGACAGAUCUGGGCACACUGGAGAAGAGACUGGCGGAACAGUCAAAGACGUCAAAGAGUAAUGUUGCCAGCCCACAGUCGACACAUUCAUCAACUCGGCAGGCUAGCGGGGCCAAUGGCAAGGAUACAAAUACGCCUCCCCAGAAUGAAUCGUUGGAGAGCACGGCUACAGCGAAUACCGCAAGCCCGACCGCAUACAAUGGCAAUGGUAAUUCUUCCUCUCCGGAUCCGGUCAGACGGUCGACGGAUGUCUCUCGAAAGGAUGCUCAGGAUGUUGAUGCGCUCGCAGAUCAAAUGUGUAGUCUCAUCACCAACAAUGUUGGCGAGACACGGUACAUCGGAUCUUCUUCCGGCUUCAGUAUAUUCAGUCCCAAGGGCAUUCAGUGGGUCAACGAGAAGACUGGGGACAAUAGCUUCCAAGCUAUGAUCGCACACGCUUCGGUCGAGGAUAAGACUGGCUGGGAUCAUUGGAAACCGGAAGUGUUUAACGACCUCUUCGAACGACGCAUUUUCAAGCCUCUUCCAGGGAAACAAGAAUGCUACGCGCUACUCAAGGACUACUUUGAAAACUUCAACUGCAUGUUCCCACUAUUUCACGAGCCCACUUUCAUGCACUUGGUCGACAAACACUACUCUCUAGAACCAUAUGACGGAUCGGGCUGGUGGGCGAGUCUCAACGUCGCGCUUGCCAUUGGACAUAGGCUUCGCGUGAUGAGCAACGUGGUCGGGCAAGAGGAGGAUGAAAUAGCUUGGGCGUAUCUCAAGAACGCUAUGGCGGUCAUGUCGGAGCUGACACUGCGCAACACAGAUCUACUGUCAGUGCAGGCACUUAUCGGCAUGGCUCUUUUCCUGCAAGGCACGCCGAAUCCGCAGCCCAGUUUCUUCUUGGUUGCCGCUGCUAUUCGAUUGGCCCACUCAAUAGGCCUACACAAGCGUGGAUCGGGUUUCAAUCUCAAUGGAGUUGAAAACGAGCAACGUAAACGUGUCUUCUGGAUUGCAUACCUAUUGGAUAAGGAUCUCUGCUUGCGAUCCGGCAGACCGCCGGUACAGGACGACGAUGAUAUGAAUGUGGAUCUCCCAUCAGAGAAGCCGCCUGACAACGUGGGCAAUGUGCCUCUGAAGGACGGAAGUACCAUGAACCUGUUCAGGCUGAUGUGUCAGUUCGCACAAAUACAGUCUCGGGUCUACAAACAACUGUACUCGGUGAAAGCUAGUCGACAAAGCGACGGCGAAUUGCUGAACACAAUUGGUGAGCUUGAUGCCGCUCUAGAAGAAUGGAAAGAUGGUAUCCCAAUCGACUUCAGGCCGGAGCACGAGAUCAAAGCCACCCACACCCCACUUAUCUUGCACAUUGUGGUACUGCAUUUCGCAUAUUACAAUUGUUUGACCACAAUACACAGGAUGAGCGUUCAUCACGGAUACUGGACCAGCCGAUUGAGUGACUAUGCUGUUCAGGGACUGAACGCCAGACCAUUGAAUCCGCGGGUGUUCAUGAGCGCGGCGCUGUGUGUCAAUGCAGCCAGGACGAGCAUUGGGCUGAUCAGAUACAUUCCACAAGGAGACUACGCUUGUGUUUGGCUUAUCCUCUACUAUCCAGUGUCCUCACUAGUGACAUUGUUCGCCAACAUCUUACAGAACCCACAGGAUGCGCGAGCCCGUACUGACCUCAAGCUGAUGAGCAGUGUGGUAUCCUUCCUGACUAUGCUCGAACGCGACGUUUCGGAAGCGAAUGGCAACGUGCGCCGCAUGCUUUCGGUGUGCGCUGAGUUUGAGCGCAUUGCGCGUGUCGCCCUAGACAAAGCCGAACGUGAGAUGCGAGGUCGUGGCAAGCGGAAGCAAGCUGAGCGCGAACGCGAAAAGGCCAUGAAGGAACGAGUAACUGGCGAGGUUGCUCAAGGUAUCGAGGAGGGGAAGACGCUGGAGCAAAUUCAAGUCGAGACGCAAGCCUCAUACCGAAGGCCCGUCCCAACUCCAAGUCUACGAGCUUCGACGGCAAGCCAGGCAGGAAGUAAUCCAGCCAACAGUCCUCGCAGCUGGGGCGGUAGCCCUCCAGGCGCCGAACCUCCGAGCAAUCGGCGCUCAGCCAGCAAUCCGACACCACACUUGGCUCACUCCACGCUCAAUGGCCAUGGUCAGCAUCAGGAACAACACCAUCAGCAAAGUAAUUACAUGCCCUCACAACAACCUCACUCGGCCGCUGGUCCUUACAAUCACAUCCAAUAUCCGCAAGACAUGAACGGUCUCGAAUUUGGUGGACCCAAUGGCUCACCACAACAACAAUUCUCCACAGCUCCGCCCAACAUGGAUGGUACUUUCGCGCCUCACCCAGUAUUCCCUCAUCCAACGUCCGGACCCGAAUUCGGUGGCAUGCCUUUCGAUCCGAACGGCGGACCCAUGGGUGGCCCAGGCGGAAUGCCGGGAGCACUGAAUGGCACUGGAGCUUUUCAACAACCUUUCGUACCUCAAGACCUCUGGCAGAUGCCCAUGACACUGGAAUGGGAUUGGGCCGAGGGUUUGGGCUUGGGAUCUUUCACGCCCGGGCCGAUGUCCUUUGAUCCGGGAGCUGGUGGGUUUGACGGCAACGGGCAACAGCAUCCAUCGCAUCUCCAUGGCGGCAAUGGCGGCCCCCAAUGAUACCGAUCUACCACUGCUAUCAGCCGAAUAACUGUCACGAAAGCAUAUAUUCCUCCGAUGAGACAAUGUAACCUCUGCUCGUUGGCUUGAGCCCGCGGAGGUCCGUUCGAAACACGAAUACCUUCUGCCGGCGACCUUGGCAGAACGACUUUUCAUUUUUCAUCUUUCUCUGGGCACGGGUGGAAAAGGUUAAUCUGAUAUCCCAAAUCUCUGCUCUGGCGAUGAAGAGCGCACGCAUCUGACAAGGAACUCUCCUUGUACAUAUAUGGCGGAUGUGACGACCUUACGAAUAAUCGAGAGGGCUCUUCGUGAAGCUCAGCUUGCGAAUGCAGCCGAUAGAUGUACGACUAUACUCACGGUCUUAUUUCCCCG